AUGACUUUAUUUGGCGGCGAUCCUCUUUUGUUCGGGUUUCAGGAAUUCACAGACAAAAGGAGAGACAAUGUGCCAGCGUUUUUAUGCUCAAUGUGGUUUUGCGCUUCGAUGUGUUGCGCCCUCAUGUGGAGACACGCUCUCCGCGACGUCUUAAAAUAUCGGCUGGCAAAGGCAGAUGUUCUCCAGCCACGGUUGUACUGGUUUUGCUACUUCUGGGCGCUUGAAUCUGCUUUUGGCUUGUUAGCCUGUCGGAGUGUAAAUUACACGGCGGAAGAACUGAGAGGUGAAACAACCUCAGCAGUGGCGAAAAUGGUCGUGAUUCUGACGGCGCUAACUCGUGAAUUCUUCGCAAAUGCAGCUCUUUUGACAAUUAUUCUUCCCUGGGACUACAAUGUUUCUCCGAAGUGGAUCUUCAUCACUUCUUGCCUCGGAUCAGGCUUGCUUGGACGAAGCUUUUCAUUCACAAUUUUCUGUGGCUUCUGUUUGACGUUGUAUCAAAUCGUUAACAACACCAAAGCAUAUCAAGGUCAAGAAGCUGUGAGCAAAAUGUUCAAAGCAUUUACGAUAUCAGCAGUUUUAUACGGCCUUAUCUUCCUGACUGGAAACUCAGUACUAGCUGUCUGGUUCAAUUUGGUGUGCUGGUGCACUUUGAAAGUCUUAGUCAACUCAUUUUGGCAGCUGGACUCGUACUACUGGGAUCAGCAUCAAUCCAAUGACCACAAACUUCAACGCCUUCUCAUUUCAAAAUUUUCUUCAAAAAAGACCGAUUGA